AUGAUUCGAUCGUUCACCGGUUCUCUCCACCUUCAGAUCCAUGCGGCGGUGCGCUUGCCCGAGCUGAGCGCUCUACAGGUCGAGGCCUUGGCCUCCUGCACGGAGCAGCUCGUGGGCUCCACGAGCUUCUCGGUGCAGGCGCACCUGGCGGUGUCCUGGCUGAGGCGGGUGCCAAGUGCUUCGAUUUCCAAGGUACAUUUGGAUGUACUGGAAACAUGUUGCAAGAUGCUAGCAACCCAUGCUAAGUCGCCGGUGGGCCAAGGAUUCUCUGCUUGA